CGGAAACAAGGCGAGGUGGUCCGAGUUGGAAGACCAACUUGAGCGAUGGAUUAAUGAUCAAAGAACAGCAGGGAGAAGCGUCUCUACAGUCACCAUUCGACUGAGGGCGUCUUGCUGCUUUCGUUUUAUGAAACGGCGCCAUCUAUCCACCCGGGCAAGGACUACCGUGGCGCAGCAAUUUACGGCGGAUUACAAGGAAAAGGUGGCCAUCUUCGGCUCCUACUGCAGUAAAAAGACACAUCCAGCCCAACCACAUCACCAACAUGGGCGAGGUGCCGCUCACUUUCGCUCACUUUCGACAUCCCGGUGAACCACACUGUAGAGAAGAAGGGGACCACAAUGGGGCACGAGAAGUCGGCUUUUAAUGUUGUGCUUGGUUGCCAUGGUAAUGGACAGAAACUGCCACCUGUGGUGAUUUUUAAGAGGAAGACGCUGCAUAAAGAAAAGGUUCCAGCCGAAGUCAUCGUUAAGGCCAAUCAAAAGGGCUGGAUGGACGAGGAGAAAAUGAGAGAGUGGCUGAGUGAGGUGUUCGUAAAGAGACCGGAUGGUUUUUUCCACAGGUCACCGUCCCCGUUGAUCUGUGACUCCAUGCGCGCCCAUCUCACAGCAGCUGUGAAAAACCAAGUGCAACUAAGACUGUGAGUCAACGCCGGGCGAGUAACGCCACCAUAUGUGAAUGGAUUGUGGAUGGUUGGGCUAAGGUCUCCGCUUUGACUGUUGUCCGAGCUUUCGCGAAAGCCGGCAUCAUUGCUGAACAGCCCCCCGGCAACGAGACUGACUCUGACAAUGACGAGAGGGAACCCGAGGUGUUUGUUGGAGAACUUGCCCAGCUGUUCAUUUCGGAUACAGAAGAUGAGGACUUUGAUGGAUUUGUGGAUGAGGAUUGAUCAAAAAAAUAACCAGGCUGAGGUACAUCUGCACCAGAGGACCAGCAGCAGCAGCAUCUGCAGAGUGGCGCGACCAUGAGGUCAGAGGCCUUCCUCCUCUGCUUCACGCUCUUGCACUUAGUUGGGGCGGGCUUCCCCGAAGACAGCGAGCCUAUAAGCAUCUCCCACGGCAACUACACAAAGCAGUACCCGGCCUUUGUGGGCCACAAGCCCGGCAGGAACAACACGCAGCGACACAAACUGGACAUCCAGCUCAUCAUGAUCAUGAACAAGACCUUAUUCAUUGCUGCCAGGGAUCACAUAUACACAGUGGACACAGACACCGCCACAAAUGACGAGAUCUUUUUCAGUAAGAAAUUGACAUGGAAGUCCAGGCAAGCUGACGUGGACACAUGCCGAAUGAAAGGGAAGCACAAGGACGAAUGUCACAAUUUCAUCAAAGUCCUCCUGCAGCAAAACGACGACAACCUGUUUGUUUGCGGCACAAACGCGUUCAACCCCUCAUGUCGAACCUACAAGAUGGACACCUUGGAAGCUCUCGGAGAGGAGAUCAGCGGGAUGGCUCGCUGUCCUUAUGAUGCCAAGCAUGCCAAUGUUGCCCUCUUUGCUGACGGCAAGCUGUACUCGGCCACGGUCACCGACUUUCUGGCCAUUGAUGCGGUCAUCUAUCGUAGCCUUGGAGACAGCCCGACUCUGCGCACGGUUAAACAUGACUCCAAGUGGCUAAAAGAGCCAUAUUUUGUGCAGGCAGUCAAUUAUGGAGACUUCAUCUAUUUCUUCUUCAGGGAAAUUGCCAUGGAGUACAACACAAUGGGAAAGGUGGUGUUUCCUCGUGUGGCGAGGGUUUGCAAGAAUGACAGAGGCGGCUCACCUCGUGUCCUGGAGAAACAAUGGACGUCGUUCCUCAAGUCCCGCCUGAACUGCUCCAUCCCGGGCGACUCUCACUUCUAUUUCAACAUCCUGCAGGCGGUGACGGACGUCAUUCACGUCAACGGGAAGGACGUCGUGAUGGCUACCUUCUCCACGCCGUACAACAGCAUUCCAGGUUCGGCUGUGUGUGCUUAUGACAUGGCGGAGGUGGCCAACGCUUUCACGGGGCGCUUCAAAGAGCAAAAAUCCUCAGACUCCACCUGGACGCCUUUUCCUGAGGAGAGGGUUCCCAAGCCAAGGCCCGGUGAUUGUGCCGGCAGUCCAGCUAUGGAGAGGUACAAGGUCUCCAAUGAGUUCCCCGACGACACGCUCAACUUCAUCAAGAUGCAUCCCCUGAUGGAUGAGGCAGUGCCCUCCAUUGCCAACCGGCCCUGGUUCCUCAAGACCAUGGUUCGCUAUCGACUGACACGCAUUGUGGUGGACAGUGAGGCGGGCCCCCAUAAGAACCGCACUGUGGUCUUCCUGGGAUCUGAGAAAGGCAUCAUCCUCAAGUUCCUCGCUAAGAUGAACAACGGUUUCCUCAACGACAGCUUGUUCCUGGAGGAACUAAACGUCUACAAUCCUGAAAAGUGCAAUAUAGACGGCGUGGAGGACAAGCGCAUCGUCAGCAUGCAGAUCGACCCCAAGGGUCACGCCCUGUGGGUGGCAUUCACCUCCUGUGUGGUUAAAGUGCCUCUGUCUCGCUGCGAAAGGCACGGAAGAUGCAAGAAGUCCUGUAUCGCCUCCAGGGACCCGUACUGUGGUUGGGUGUCGGAAGGAGCGUGCAGACAAGUGAUUGACACCAAAUCCGCCUUUGAGCAGGACGUGGACCAUGGUAACACAGAUGGCCUGGGAGACUGCCAAAAUACCUUCGUGGCACUGAAUGACGUUCCUUCCAGUUAUAAAGGCCACCGUCACCACCAUCACCACCACACCCUCUCACUCCCCACGCCGGCCCUACCCGAGGCCGCCGAGGGCCCCCUGGGGCGGGGCCGCAUGGUGGAGCGCAAGGAGCCCCCCGUCAGCUCAGACACAGGGGAGGAGCCCUACAUGGCCGUACCCUCUCAGACUCAGCCCGAAGCCGAUGGUGUGAUCCGUGAGAGCUACCAGAAGGGUCGCGACCAGCUGGUUCCCGUCACCCUGUUGGCCAUCGCCGUUAUCCUGGCGUUCGCCAUGGGCGCCAUCUUUUCCGGCAUCAUCGUCUACUGCGUGUGCGACCACCGGCGGCGAGACUUGGACUUGCCUGGGCGCAAGGACAAGGACAACCACCACCUUCACCUUCACUCGCGCCGGGGCUCCAUGAACAGCGUGACCAAACUGACGGGUCUUUUUGAGACGCAGGCCAAAGAUGGACGACCAGAAGCCAUACUCUCGCCUUUGAUGCAUAACGGGCGACUGACAGCCAACGGGAAGAUGCUCAUCAAAGCCGACCAGCACCACCUGGACCUCACCGCACUGCCGACGCCUGAAUCCACCCCCAUGCAGCCGCGUCGAAAGCCCAGCCGGGGGAGCCGCGAAUGGGAGCGCAACCAGAACCUCAUCAAUGCUUGCACCAAGGACAUGGCGCCCUUAGGCUCCCCCGUCAUCUCGGACCUGCCCCUGAGGGCUUCCCCGGGUCACAUCCCCAGCGUCGUGGUGUUGCCUCUGCCACAGCACCAGCACCAACUCCCUCCUCAACUGCAACAGUCCUACCAGCAUGAGUAUGUGGAGCAGCCGCACCCCAGCGAACUCGGCAUGGGCCUCAUGGAUGACCAGGGCGCCACGCUGGAGUACAAGACCAUCAAGAACCCCCACCACAACCUCACCAUGGUGAAUCCGGACGGGGUGCUGCCGCCCCGCGUACCCCAACGAGAGGCUUCGCUCACUGUCCCACCGGCUGUCCCGCAGAUGGGCAAACGCCUGGAGGUCCACUCGUCCGUCUACGGCCUCCGGAAAGGCUCGUCGUCAUCCGCCUCGGGCUCAUCCGGCCUCAAGAAGCACAACACCAACUCGUCCAACUCCUCCCAUUUGGCGAGACACCAGAGCUUCAACCGUGUGGAGACGCCGCCCCCUGCGCCCCAGCGGGUGGACUCCAUACAAAUGACAGCGCAGGGCAUAUCUCUGUCACGGCAGCCCGGCAUGAGCUCCUACGGUUCGCUGCCCCGCGGCGUCGUCAAACACCUCAAGCCUGACGUCCCUCCCAAACCGUCCGUCGUGUCGCUCUCCACAAAGGUGAAGUCCAGCGACGCCUGCACAUAGUCUGAUGGAGGUCCUUGAGUGAAUGAACGCUUCCAAAAGAAAGACACGAAACUAUGUGAUCAGUUCUUUGUUUAAGUGUACAGUACAGUUGGUAACGCAACACGGUUUUUUUAAGAAAACACUUUCUUUUAUACAAAUGUGUAAAUACCACCCAACCGGGGGAACUGAGACAAAAGAAGACUCCGAUGAUUUGAUCUGUGUAGCAUGAGGAAGUGGGGGCUUUCUUGAUCUCUACAAGGACAGCGUGGAUUCAGGCGGGCAAGGAGGGAGCGGGUGGGUGGGUGUUUGGGUUGUUUUGGGUGUACAGUACCUUAAAGGCCGGCGAACCCGGAGACUGAAAAGCUGCCUGUUGGAAUACUGUGAAAAGCCUCCAAGUGUUACCGCAAUCAAGUCGCCGCCUGGACUGGCCUGGGCUAGGAGAAUCCUCCCGAUUCACUGAACAACACUUGACUGUUAAUACUAAAAGCUUGUUGUAUUUAUUUUUUAUGAAGUGCUCUUGAAGAGAAACAAGAAGACUUUUUAGGCUCAAAAAAGAGAGAGGGCACAGAGAUCUUUUUAAUAUGAAUUAAUCAAGUGUGUUUUAAAAACAAAAAACAACAACAACACAUAUUUAAAGUCAUAAAACUGGAGCCAGUAGAUUUUUUUUCUUAAUGAGUUAAGGUGAGAAGGGGAAGAUAUUUAUUUACAGUACGCCACAAUGGACUUCUACUGUCACAGACCAUUCUAGUUUCAAAGGAGUAUUUCCCCUUUUCACUCCUCCAAUCAGUACUGUGUUUUUCGCGUGUGUGUGAGUCAGUAACGUCGCUCCCGAUUGGCCACGUCGUAUAAAUGAACGCCACCAGUGAGCGAAAACCUUUUUUAAACCCUUCCCCACAUGUAAAUUUGUGCCUUACACCCUAAAGUAGUGAAAAUGUUUUCUUCGAUAGCUGUUAACUUGUAGUGUUUUUAUUUUGUUUUUUCUUACACCAUGAUGUUUCCCUGAUUUGAUAAAAACACAAUUAAAGAAUGUAGGUGUUACUGUUGUAAUUCUGCUCCCCUACACAUGUACACGAAUACACACAUGAAGACGCACACAUUUGUUGUUAAUUGUGCCAUGAAUGAGCUUUUCUGUUGUGUGUCCACCGAGACGUCGUCAUUGUUGAGUGUUUUUUGCGGGGUUUUUUUUUUUUUUUUUUUUUUUACAAUUUCCAAGUUUGUUUCUACUUGUGGUGGUCAAAAGAUCGCAGCGGCACGACCGAUUGACUGAAACUUUUGCUACGCGAGUUUGCCGCUAGCGGUUAGCAUAGCGUUAGCAACCCGAGCUCAGCUGGAAGUGACACCGAAAGGCGCUUCUUGGCUCCUCGCUUCGCAUUAAACAGGCUGGUUCCUGUGAAGACAAUUAAAAAACAUGAACUAAUAUAAAUAAUUGGCCCUUUUUUGUAAGGCAAGUUUGUAGUUGAGCGUUAACUAAUGUUUGUUUUUGAGGACACUCCCUCCAACACUUAAAUCAACAAAGCACUAUUUUUAGUGUUGUAUGUGUAGAUAGGUGAACGUUUUAUUAAACAUUUGUUUUAUUUCAUUUGUCAAUGGAGUAAAGCCAACUUUGUCUCAAACCACAACUCGCUUGAGAAAAAUAGCACUGAGGAUUGGUCAUGCUGCAUUCAAGGCUGCUGGGAAUUUGGAUAAAAAUGUGGCCCAACAUUCACUAUAGAAAAUAGAUGGAUGGAUUGGCUGUUAAAUUGCAAUCUGUAGCCUAAUUAAUACAGCUAAAUGCUUUUGAAUCUUUAAGUGCGUCUGUCCCUUGUCAGAUGUUUCCCAGUUUUCCUGAAUGCAGCAUGCUACAACAUUGCAGGUUCCUGUGCCGCCCUGACACAAACCAUCAAGUCAAAAAACGUUAAUAGUGGUCGCACGGAGAAUGUGACUAUAGAAUCAGUUCUAAUGUGCACAUUCUGUGUAAAUGGUUGAAUCUCGUUUAAGAUCCAGUUGCGAAUGUGUACGUGUGCAGUGACAAGUGAGGUUCUCUGCUGUGUGUGUGUGUGUGUGUGUGUGUGUGCGCCUUGUCGUCUCUCCGCCAUCCCUCUCUCACACACGGCGCGACCUUUGUGAGAUUGUAAAAUAUUGUGACGUUACACGUUUUUUGCCCUGUUCUCUCCACCUCCUUAACAUCUGAUUCACAGCUUAAUGUAUGUUGUAAAGGAAUAAAAACACUUUAAUUUAAUGAAAAAUGUAAUUUCAAACGGAAAAAAAGAAAAUAAAAUUCUUGUCAUGA